GUAUACUAUCAUGCGACGCUCCACAAGGCUUGUGAGCUCGUCAAGGGACGUUGCUGGCAUAUCAAACCCAUUAGUGCCACCCAAUGAGCAAGGGAAGGCACCGAAGCUGAACGCAUCGAGCCGAAAUAAGAGGCCUUCACCAGCGGACUCCGACGCGUUCGAGAGCGAAGCUAGCGAACCCGAGGAACAUAAACCCGUGAAGAGGCAGAAAACUUCCCGUUCAGUCCCUAAGCGUAACCAUGGCUCAUCAGAGUUCUGUUCUCAUCUUUUUGGUAGCGCAGCAGCGAAUUCAGCAGCACCACCGGAACCAUGCACCCUUCCUCAAAGACACCACAACACUUCUUACCACCGCCCGCUGCUAUUGGAUAGGAGACCCAGUCGCUCUGCGCUUCUGAAAUGGUUCGACGACACAUCUACCGCCCGAGGCAUGCCAUGGCGCAAAGACUGGAUCGACCCGAAAUCAAUCCUCGACUCGGCAGAGCUGCGCAGCCAACACGAGCGCCGCGCCUACGAGGUCUGGAUCUCGGAGAUCAUGCUCCAGCAGACCCGCGUUGCGGUGGUCAUCGACUACUGGAACCGCUGGAUGGCGAAAUGGCCCACCAUUCACGAUCUGGCCGCCGCCAGCCCGGACGACGUCUUGGCCAUGUGGAGGGGUCUGGGUUACUACAGUCGUGCUACGCGGAUUCACGAGGCCGCGAAGUUGGUCUGCGGGGAUGCGAUCAUGAAUGGACUGCUGCCGGAUGAUGUGAUCGAGUUGGAGAAGAAGGUGCCUGGCGUGGGGCGGUACACGGCGGGUGCGAUUACUGCGAUCGUAUUUGGAAAGGCGAGCGCCAUGGUGGAUGGCAAUGUGCUGAGGGUGCUCAGCAGACAGCUUGGUGUUCUUGGGGAUGUAAAGACAGACAAGGCGACGAUCGGCUUGUUGUGGAUGGCUGCCCAGGCGCUGGUAAAUGCAGUCGCCAGGGAUGGCGAUGGCAACGCAAUGUUAAGCGAGGGCCGCAGAGGAGAGGUGCAGGAACAAACAGAAGCAAGCGACAGACCUGGGCGCUGGGGUCAGGCUCUUAUGGAAUUGGGAAGCACCGUGUGCACGCCAAAGCCCAACUGCGCGGCUUGUCCGAUUACAACGACCUGUCGUGCCUAUGCAGAGGGCUUGCAGCAUGCUACCAGGGAACGUCCAGGCAAAAAAGUACAGAGCAUAGCUGAUAUCGAAGACGCUUGUGCCUUCUGUAACCCAUUCGAGGAGUACGCGGACUUGGACAAUGGCGGCUCGGAGACGGCUACUAAAGCCUCGAGCAAGAGCAAGGGUGUGACCGCAGCCAAGGGGUCUAAGAAGCAAGCAUCUUUGCAAUCAUUUUUCUUCACACAACAUAGUCAAACCAGCACGACGAAACCGAAGACAGAAACCUUAUCGUCGGAACGGCCUGAUGCAGCAACCUUCGAAAAAAUAAGUAAUCAUGCUCGGAAGUUUCCUAUCAAGACGGUCAAGAAGGCCGUCCGGGAGGAGGAGACGGUGGUUUGUGCUAUUCAAAGAAAGAGUGACGGGCAAUAUCUGAUACAGAAGCGACCUGAAAAGGGACUGCUGGCAGGCUUGUGGGAGCUUCCUUCGCACAUGUUACCAGAUCCCGAUAGUACUAAUACUAAAGCCAGGAAGGCUGAGGCAGUUGAGUUUGUGCAGACAUUGGUUGGAAAAGACUGGUGCAAGCAGACCAAACCUGUUAAAGAGCUCGGCAGUGUCCCAUGGUUAUUCUCGCAUAUCAAAUUGACGAUGCAUGUCUACCUUUUUACGUUGGAGGACGAGGUCCAUGUGCCAACGGAUGAUGGUAUUGGAAAGAGAACGAGGUGGACUAAAGAUGUGGAGGGAGAGUCUAUGGGGACCGGAAUGAGGAAAUGCUGGAGUCUGGUCAAGGAUUGCAUAUGAAUACAGUAUUAUGAGAUACGAUAUCGGCGAGAACGAUACCCAAGAAUAAAUUUCUGGACACUAGUGAAAUCGAGGACUUUUAGGUAUAGUCAACUAGUAUAUUGGGCGAGACAAGGAGCAUGGGAUAUGAGAGCUGGAGAGCACAACC